GAUAGGGAAGGGUGGGCAUUGGUGAUCCCGUGCUGAGCAAGCCCCGUGCCUCAGUUUCCCUGCGGUACACGGAGGCAGACAGGGCAGGAUAUGGAUUUUGGAACUGACCAAACCACCAAGAGCCACCACGGCACAUCAUCAACACCUCGGUUGCCAAUAGGACACCCACGUGAGGCCCUGUCCUGAGCACCUCGCCGGAUCCCCCACAAACCCUCCUCUCCUUCCAGCCCCCGUGCCACCAUGGUGGGUCUGAAGGCCCCCGAGGUUCCCCCCCCGGCCGCCGUGAAGUUCGUCAGCGCGGGGAUGGCGGGCUGCAUCGCCGACCUGUGCACCUUCCCCCUGGACACCGCCAAGGUGCGCCUGCAGAUCCAGGGCGAGGUGAGGAUCCCCCGCACCGUCAGCUCCGUGGAGUACCGGGGCGUUCUGGGCACGCUGAGCACCAUGGUGAGGACGGAGGGAGCCCGCAGCCUCUACAGCGGGCUGGCAGCCGGGCUGCAGCGCCAGAUGAGCUUCGCCUCCAUCGGCAUCGGCCUCUACGACUCCGUGAAGCAGCUCUACACCCCCAAGGGCGCGGAGAGCACAAGCAUGGCCACGCGGCUCCUGGCUGGCUGCACCACGGGCGCCGUGGCCGUGGCCUGCGCCCAGCCCACCGACGUGGUCAAGGUCCGGUUCCAGGCCAGCAGGAUCCUGUCGGACAGCGCCCGGCGCUACAGCAGCACCGUGGAUGCCUACCGCACCAUCGCCAGGGAGGAGGGCGUCCGCGGGCUCUGGAGAGGGACGCUGCCCAACAUCGCCCGCAAUGUCAUCAUCAACUGCGGCGAGCUCGUCACCUACGACCUCCUCAAGGACGCGCUGCUGCGGGCAGAGCUCAUGUCAGACAACGUCCCGUGCCACUUCGUGGCCGCCUUCGGCGCCGGGUUCUGCGCCACGGUGGUGGCAUCCCCGGUGGACGUGGUGAAGACGCGCUACAUGAACGCCAGCCCCGGGAAGUACCGCAACGCCCUGAGCUGCCUGCUGGCCCUGCUCAAGCAGGACGGCCCCGCCGGCCUCUACAAGGGAUUCGUCCCGUCCUUCCUGCAGCUGAGCACCUGGAACGUGGUGAUGUUUGUGUCCUACGAGCAGCUGCAGCGCCUCAUGGUGCUGGCACGGCCGGCGCUGGCCUGAGCCCCCGCCGCCCCUGGCCGGCCCAGCGAGGCUCAGCAUCAAUUAUAUUAAUUGCCGGAGCGCCGGGGAGCAGCGGAGCCACACGCCCGGGGUGGGACUCGAGAGACGCGAGGAGGAAGGUGCUGUUGGAGGAGAAGCGUGAGAGAGCAGGGGUUUUCAGAGAAGGGGUUUAAGGGACGGAGGAAAAAAUGUUUGUUGGCUUUCCAGCCGGGAAGAACAGCACUUCCCGAGGGCAGUGGUGAGGGCAGGCGGGACCAAGCUGAGGGACAGGGAAUUCCCGUUGCUCCUUACUGGCGCUUCUAAUAAAUCGCCCCUAUGGGGUCUGAUCACAGCGUGGCUCAGGGUUUCUUUACUUUUUGGGGUGUUCAGGGUCAUUGUCCCAUCUCUACGUGUGACACCAUUCAGACUGACAUUCUCUGCCUAAGAAUUGCCGGCGCACUGAACAACUUCCCAUUGAUCUCUAAUUAUUCAGGUCACAAUCACAAACAGCAGCCCCACCUCCUGCCCUGCCAAGGCAGCAGAUCAUUGACCCACGGCAAUCUCUCUAAAGCCUCAAAUGGUCCCUUUUACAGUGAAAAUGUACAUCCUGAGCAGGAGAGGACGCAGAAUUCCCUUUCCCUGUUUCCCAAGCAUAAGAAGGCUGGGAAUUGCUUUCUUCCCAUGGGUAACUGGCAGGAACAAGAUUUCCUCUGCUACCUCUCCAUCUGUAGCACCCUCAUUUGUCACAGAUACUCAGUUCUAUUUCAGGGACUCCCGUCAGACAACUGAUGACUGUUAUCAGAAGCAAAUUCCCAAGGCGGUUUUUUUCUCCCUGGGAGCAGCAGGAAUGACCAAGGACAGCUGCUGCCCCGGGAGAAGGUGGCAGGGCUGCGGUUCCGCCCCUGCCCAGCCCCGUGCCCGCCCUGCAGCGCAGAACGCGGGGGUCGCUCCCUCGGCCGCCCUGUCCCUGCCGUGCCAGGAUCGGGAACAAUCCCCUUGGCUCGGGCAGCAGCGCCGGGAGGAGCGGAUGGCGCCCUGGGGUGCGCUGCCGGAGGGAACAGAGGUGCGCAGGGGUCACCUGGGCGGGGUGGCACCCACAGGGGGACGUGUGUGCUUUCGGCACUGCUGCGUGGGAAAACUGCUGUGUGGGACGAGUUUGUCCCGGGACUUGAGGCUCUCCGGGAUCGCGUUUCAUGGAGCGUUCACCCGUGCCGCGUUCCCAGCGGCGGUGAACGCGUUUAAUGGGCUGGGCUCCGUUCUCGGGAGGCAGCGGGACGGGUGU